CAACCAUGGCCGAUUGGAAGCAAAGAUAGGAAAUUUCGAUUGAAAAAAUUGGCUGAGGCAAUUCUUAGUGAAAAUUAUGAUAUUGUAGGAUUACAGGAGGUAUGGGUAGAAACCGACUAUCUGGAUAUGGUCGAUAGGCUUGCUAAUCAAUUUCGAUUUCAUCAUUAUUUUCACUCGGGAUUUACAGGAAGCGGUGUUUGUGUAUUCAGCCGUCAUCCCAUAGUUUCCACUCUUACGCUUAGAUAUUCAUUGAACGGUUUUGCUCAUCAUGUUCAUCGAGGAGACUGGUUUGGUGGCAAGGUGGUGGGAUUAGUAGAAAUAGAAGUUGGUGAGAUGAAAGUGAACUUCUACUGCACUCAUCUCCAUGCCGAGUACGAUAGAGAACAUGAUAUGUACUUGUCUCAUAGGACUGCACAAUCUUAUGAACUAAGCCAGUUUGUCCGUCAUACGUCUUGUGGAGCCGAUGUUGUUAUAGUAACAGGCGAUUUGAAUAUGGAACCGGAGGAUUUAGGGCUAAGGUAG